AUGGCACUUGGGACAUGCCGCGCGGUUCUCGUCACCGGCUGCAACCGCGGCAUCGGCCUGGGCCUGGUGCGGGGGUUCCUGGCUCGGAGCCCCUCUCCGGACCUGGUCAUCGCCACCUGCCGCCAGCCGGACCAAGCGCAGGAACUCCAGCAUCUGAAAAAGCAGCAUCAGAAUCUCAGAGUCCUACAGUUGGACAUCCUGUGUGAAAACAGCAUCAAGAAGGCCACACAAGAAACGGAGGCCUUGGUGGGGGAACAGGGCCUGAACUGCCUCAUCAACAAUGCAGGCAUCAACAGGGUUGCCACCCUGGACAGCGUCACGGCCCAGGAUAUGCUAGACCUCUAUGAGACCAACACGGUGGCCCAACUCAUGGUCAGCAAGGCGUUUCUCCCCCUCCUGAGGAAGGCUGCGUACCAAGACGUCGUCAUGGGCAUUCACCGGGCCGCCAUCAUCAACGUGUCAUCCCAAAGCGCCUCUAUGCAGCUCUUCAGUCAGAACAAGAAAUCCGAGGAAGUGUACCCGUAUAGGAUGGCCAAGACGGCCCUCAAUAUGAUCACCUGCUGCCUCGCAGCUGACCUGAUAUCAGAUGGGAUCCUCUGCAUGUCCCUGGAACCAGGCUGGGUCAAGACGGACAUGGGGGGGAGCAAGGCUCCCCUGCAAUUAAAGGAGAUCAUCCCCGGGAUUCUCAAUGUCUUGGCCAAUGUCAGAGAAAAGGACCAUGGGGCCUUCCUGAACUGGAAAGGAGAGGUGGUCCCCUGGUAG